AUGCGCGCCGUGUAUGCCGCCGUGGAGCACGGCCAGGCCCAGAGCGCAGCGGGCAACCAAGCAGAGCAACCUGCCAGCGCUGGAAAAGGUUGCGAAGAUGGCAGUAAUAGUGGCGACCGCGAAGACCGUGGCGACUGUAAAGCCUCUGAAGAGUGCGAACCAGAUUGGCUCAGGGACUACGAGGGGGUGAAAGAGCGAGAGGCUGCGGCCAGGGUGUGUGCGCAGCGGCAGCAGCGGCUGGAGCAGCGCAGGCGGGAGAGAGAGGCUGCUAUCACGGACGUGCUUGGGCCGGGCGGCAUUCGGUGGCAGCAUGUGCAGGUGCAGGGGAGCGGUGAGGAUUCUCAGGGGAGGUGGGGGCGGCGAUCUUUUGGAGGGGCGAUUGCCAAUGGGGAUUUGAUGAAUGGGAGAGGUGUGGUGGGGAAAGGGAGUGGGCGGAAGGAAGGCGAUAUGGAGCCGGAGCAGGGGAUUGGGGGUCGGGGGCGGGAGGAAGAGGAGGAGGAAGAGCAGUUUUUGGUUCCGGAAUGGGAGAGUGAUGACGAUGAUGGUGGAGGUGCUGCUGCUGCUGCAGGCAGGACAGGGCAUGGACGGAAAAAGCGAGCACGUGGAAAGGGAGCAUCGGGCGCGAGUGACAGCAGCAGUGACGAGGAGAGUGGUGGCGGUGCUGCUGCUGCUGCAGCGCGCAUGGCAGGCACGAGGGCAGCUGAGGCUCUGGCAGAGGAGUCGCUCAAGGUGUUCUUCUGCAGCCGUACACACUCGCAGCUGUCCCAAUUCAUCACAGAGCUGCGUCGAACGCCCUUUGCGGACCAGCUUUUCACUGUGUCCCUCGCCUCUCGCAAGAACCUCUGCAUCAACCAGUCGGUGCUGAAGUUGGGCAAUGCGAGUGCCAUCAGCGAGCGUUGCUUGGAGCUGCAGCGCCUGGCAGCGGAGAGGAAGAGCAAGACGAGCAAGCAGGGCGAACGGGACCAAGCAAGCAAGGGCCGCACGAGAACAUCCCCGUCUGCAUCCGCGUCUGCGUCUGCCUGUGGCUGUCCGUACUGGGGCAAGGCGCAGCGGCAGCAGCAGUUCCUGCAGCACCUUGUGGCAGCACCGCCGGCUGAUAUAGAGGACCUGGGGCGCCUGGGAUCACGCCUGGAGACCUGCCCGUAUUACGCGGCUCGGGCAGCAGCACGGGCAGCAGACGUGGUUGUGCUGCCAUACCAGUCCCUGCUACACAAGGGCGCUAGAGAAGCCCUGCUGGGAGCAGGGGAGAGAGCUGCACACAACCUUACAGACGCGCUGGCAGGCAUGCACAGCUGCAGCCUGUCCGCGCGGCAGGUGCAUCUGGUGCAGGCGCAGCUGGCGGGGUACCUGGAGCGCUUCAGGCACAAGCUGGGAGCGGGGAACCGGCGGUAUGUGCUGCAGCUGCAGGUGGUGGCGCGAGGCAUUGGGGCUGUCAUCGCGAGCGCUAAGCAGCCACGCAUGCAGGGCAUAGACGAGUUCCUCUUCUCCCUGGCUGUCGACAACAUCAACCUCUUCAAGCUGCACCACUACGUGCAAGCCUCCAACAUAGCCCACAAGAUCAGCUCCUAUGGCGAGUCAGUCCUGCUCAAGACUCUCACUCCCACCAACACCACUACCACCAACAGCAGCAGCAGCAGCACCACCCCCUCCUCUUCCACCUCCUCUCCUCAGCCGUCGCAGCACAGCAUUGGAGUGAGCGCCUUCCGUGCGUUUGCCGAGUUCUUCUCCUCUCUCUGCAGCGCCAAUGCAGACGGGCGUGUGCUGCUGUCGCCCGCUCCCACCCCGAACCAUCCCACCAACCACAGCAAGCACAGCUAUAACAGCAGCUUUCGUGGCAAGAACACGGGGGCGAAGGAGAGGGAGGGGGGGAGUGGGAGUGGGGUGGGGGUUGGAACGGAGGAAGGCGGGCAGGGGGAGGAGGAUGGUGGUGGAGGGUUUGUGAAGUUUGUGAUGCUGAACACUGCACAGCACAUGGAGGAGGUGAGGGGUGCGAUGGCACGCGCCAUCAUCCUGGCAGGCGGCACACUGCAGCCCCUAGACACCAUGCUGGAUCAGCUCUUUCCAUCCCUGCCCCCUGUCUCCUCUGUCCACCCCUUUUCCCCGCCCCUCCCCAUUUCCCCGCAGCUCCUCGUAUCGGCGCGCGCCAUCAUCCUAGCAGGAGGCACGCUGCAGCCCCUAGACACCAUGCUGGACCAGCUCUUUCCAUCCCUGCCCCCUGUCUCCUCUGUCCACCCCUUUUCCCCGCCCCUCCCCAUUUCCCCGCAGCUCCUCCUCCUUGUAUCAGCGCGGGCCAUCAUCCUGGCAGGCGGCACACUGCAGCCCCUAGACACCAUGCUGGAUCAGCUCUUUCCGUCCCUGCCGCCUGCGCGCCUGCGUCUCUUCUCCUGUGGUCACAUAGUUCCCGGGGAGAGCGUGCUGCCGCUAGCCAUUGCCAAGGGGCCGUCUGGGAAGAACCUUGAUUUCACUUUCCAGUCACGCAGCGAUCCAGCCAUGAUAGCAGAGCUUGGCCGCCUCCUCGUGAACGUGUGCUCCGUGGCGCCGGGCGGCAUCGUCGUCUUCUUCCCCUCCUUCGCGUACCUGCAGGAGGUGCUGUCCGCCUGGCAGGCAGGGGCAGCAGGGGGGGCAGUGCUGCCCAUGCUGGAGGCUCGCAAGGGAGGCGUGUUUAUAGAGCCCAGGGGCGCUGCAGAGGUGGAGGCCGUUUUGGGCCAGUACAGAAGGUGCAUACAGGAAAGGGGGGUGCAGGAGAAAGGGGGGGCCCAGGGUAGGGGCGUUCAGGGGAAGGAUAGUCAAGAGAGUGGGCAGGGAGGUGUGGGUACCAGUGGGGGUGAUUUGCAGGCGGCGAAUCGGGUGUCGCCACGUGGCGCGGUGCUACUGUGCGUGAUGGGGGGGAAGAUGUCGGAGGGGAUCAACUUCAGUGAUGAUAUUGGCAGGGCAGUGGUGGUUGUGGGCCAGCCGUUCCCCAGCCCGUCGGAUCUGGAGCUGAAUGAACGGAUUAGAUUCAUCGACAGGCUUGCGGGCAGUAGCAGCCGCAGCGUUGGCCCCGGUGAUGCUGGUGAUGGUGGUGCUGCUGCUGCUGGUGUUGAUGGUGGAGCUGCUGCUGCUGGUGUUUCUGGUGGUGCUAUUGGCAACAGCACGAGCGGAGCAGGCACGCGCCCAUCUGAUACGGGGAGUCAAGACAGGACUGCGAGACUCGGAGACUCGUCUGUUGGGGAGGGAGCGGUGGCACUGGCAGCGGCGAUGCGGUCGUGCGGGUCCAAGGGGCGGCAGCUGUACGAGGAUAUCUGUGCCAAGGCCGUGAACCAGUCCAUUGACCUUUUCCACACACGGUGUACGGCGACCAUGCAUAGCGGCAUGCCCUCAUAG